AUGGGAAAGUCACACAAUCAUUCACAAACUCACUCCUCUCCCUUCUUUCUGUUUCGAUGCACAGACAAGAACACCUCCAAUGGAGGUGGUUUUCUUGUGGUUUCCCGAAGAAGAACAACCCUAAGGAGAGGUUGUUUUCGAGUCAGUGAACAAGAGGCAGCUGCCUCUUCUACUUCACAUGUCUCCUCAUUGCUUCCAUUCUCUGUCAACAAUCAAACCCAAGCACCCACCAAAUUCUUCUUCUUCUUAUGCCAACAUCAAAGCCAAUCACACACCAGAACCCCAAUGAUUUCAAUCAAAGAGAGAAGAAAGAAACCUGUGAUUAUCGAGCAAAACCACCGGAGCCCCUUGUCACCACCUUCGUCUCUCCCCUGCUCCCUUCUUCGUGUUCCACUCUUGAAGACAAUAGAUGAAUCUAAGAGGAGCUCGUCGGAAUUCGACUGCCCCUAUCCCCUCCUCACGAUCCCACAACCACCACCGAGCCACCCACCUGCUUUCGUUUUCUUUCUUCUUUGUCCGAACAAGACAAUCAAGUGGCGCACUCCAAGGGAUCGGCAACUACCAUCACUGAGACUGACGGCAACACUGCUGCUUCCGUUCACCAUCGUCGAUUCAGUCAAGUACCGGAGGUGCUCCUCCCUCCUGACGACAGAUUUGCCAAUCACCGGACCAACUUCAUCUCUUUACCUGCUUUCGUUCGUAUUUCCUUCUGUUUCCCGAUCUGCAAAUCGUGUUUGUAGAGGAAGAGGUAAUUUAAAUAUACUCGGUGGUUCGUCUUAA